GUGGAAGCUAAAGCGCAGGACAUGGGGGCACCAGCGCAAUCAAUUGCAUUUUUUUUUUUCAAUGGAAACAAUUUACGCCGUAAUUUUUGCUCAUAAAGAUGUGCUCUCUCCUCUCCUCAACUGCAAUGAAGACCGCUGUGUUCAUUCUACUGGUUGUGCUUGUGGCUUUCAGCUCAGGAGAUAAAAUCAUUGGAGGUUAUGAAUGCCAGCCCCACUCCCAGCCCUGGCAAGCGUACCUUACCGAUAACAGAAUAUCAUGUGGAGGAUCUUUGAUUAAUGAAAGAUGGGUUGUGUCUGCUGCUCACUGCACAUUCUCACGCAAUCGUCUCCUCGUCUACCUGGGAAAGCACAGAUUGCGUGAUGCUGAAAGCACAGAGCAGCAGAUCGGAGUAGAAGAUCAUUCCUUACCGAGAUACAAUAAUCGGCCUCAUAACAAUGAUAUCCUGCUGAUGAAGCUGAGAAGUCCUGCCACCUUCAACAAGUAUGUGAAACCAAUCCCUCUGGCAACCAACUGCACCUCUGCAGGGGAGAACUGCUUGGUUUCUGGAUGGGGCAGAACUGGAGCUGGCACUGCUUCUGUCCUGCAGUGUUUGGAUUUGCCUGUCCUCUCAAGGGCAAAGUGUAAGCGUGUAUAUGGUACAUUAAUAACUACAAACAUGUUCUGUGCUGGAUUCAUGCGGGGAGGGAAGGACUCAUGUCAGGGGGAUUCUGGUGGCCCUGUAGUGUGCAGCGGGAAACUGAAAGGUGUUGUUUCCUUUGGCAAUGGCUGUGCUAAACCACGCUUUCCUGGGGUUUAUGUUGAGGUGUGCCGCUACACCAGCUGGAUCAAUUCCAUCAUAGCUAAUAACUAACUGUUUAUUCAGUCUGGUUGAUCCUUUACAAGUUCAUUUUCCUAGAUCUGUAAUUAAGUCAAAGUCCCUUUAAGGCCAGUCAUCCAACUUUGAAAUGCCUCUCAGACAUCUAUUUCAGUCAUGCAAGUACAGCUCCUCUCUCUUUGAAUGAGGAAACAUCAAAUUCUAUGGCAACCAGAGCUUCUAACAGAAGCUGCAGUGAUGCAAUGACUUUACCAAUAAGUGAUUGGCUCUUUUUCCUUUUUCUAUUUUUCUUUUGCAUUUUCUCCCUUUCAUAAGUAAUUUGAGUGCACCAUCUUUGUAUAUCUUAAUCUUUGAAUUAAA